AUCACCGCCUUAUUAGCGUGCGGCAUGUGCUAGAAGAUAACAAGCUCCACGUAUAAGGCUAUCGCGGCUCAUCCGGGCUGAGCGACGCCGACCACCACUACAUCGGCGUAACCAUGGCCGGCAUCGCAACCUACGCCAAGAUUGAGUUGGACACAAGCGGUAUUCGUAAUGCAGCAAAGAAUCGUGACGGUCAGAAACGCGGACGGCCAAGGCUAGAGACUGGAACAACUGUUGUCCAGCAACGGCGGGAGCAGAUGCGACAGGCGCAAAAGAGGCAUCAGCUAAAAAAUGAAAGACGAUUGACCGAACUCCAAGAGGAGAAUACACGACUGCGGAAGAUACUAUGCAAUGUGCACGAACUCGUUACUGGUGUUGCAAGUGAGGCUGCACCCGAAAGGGAGCAUGGGUAUAUGCCACAGCUGGCAUUUCUACUCCAAACAAUGACUGCCAGUGGAAUGUUGAAAUCGAAGCGCACUUGCACCCAGGGUGCAUCGGACCAGGCAAUCAUAGAUCUGCUCAGCUCCCGCAAGGCGGAACUGCCACCCCCUGGAGCGAGCAGUCGGCAGAAUGGCACGUAUAUCUGGGGCCUCAAGGUAAGCGACGAGUAAGCUUAACUUGGCUGGUAGAAAUGUUGUCGACAUCAAGUCGCUCUUUUUAGCUCUCUAGUUUCGGCAUCAG